AUCAUCAUCAUCAUCUCUAGCUCCUUCUUUGAAUCUUUUCUAAAUUAAACUUCCAAAAGAUAACCCUAAUUUCUAGUCAUCUUCUUCUAAAUUAUCUUCCAUGGAUAUCGAAAAGGCAGCGAGUAGAAGAGAAGAAGAAGAACCCAUUGUUCAAAGGCCAAAGCUAGACAAAGGCAAAGGCAAAGCUCACGUGUUUGCUCCUCCUAUGAACUACAAUCGGAUCAUGGACAAACACAAGCAAGAAAAGGUUAGCGCUGCCGGGUGGAAAAGAGGUGUAGCAAUCUUCGAUUUUGUACUUAGACUCAUCGCAGCCAUCACGGCUAUGGCUGCUGCAGCAAAGAUGGCGACAACGGAAGAGACUCUUCCUUUCUUCACUCAGUUCUUGCAGUUCCAAGCUGAAUACACUGAUCUACCAACUAUGUCAUCUUUUGUGAUCGUGAACUCAAUCGUGGGCGGCUACCUAACCCUUUCAUUACCUUUUUCCAUUGUCUGUAUCCUCCGCCCUCUAGCGGUGCCUCCUAGGCUAUUCCUGAUCAUAUGUGACACGGCGAUGAUGGGCCUCACCAUGAUGGCGGCAUCCGCUUCUGCAGCCAUAGUUUAUUUGGCGCACAACGGGAAUUCAAGCUCGAACUGGCUUCCGGUUUGCCAGCAGUUUGGUGACUUUUGCCAAGGAACGAGCGGCGCCGUGGUGGCAUCCUUUAUUGCGGCGACUCUUCUCAUGUUCCUAGUCAUCCUAUCUGCAUUUGCACUCAAGAGAUCGACCUGAAAAUUUGGAUUGAUCCUCUUGAUUAAAUUUCUAUGUGCUCUGAUAUUCAUUUGUGUGAGUUUUGAAAGGUUCCUAUGUAUAAUUUGGUUUUGUUGUGUUGCACGGGUUUUAUUGUGGAAAAAUGUCGUAAAUCAAUCUUCUAUAUUCAACAUAUCGUUUUCUUUUUCCAAUAUAAUUUUCGUUUCAAA